AUGAUUGCGCGCAGCCAAAAUCCGUUGAAGCCUGGUGAAUGUAUUUUCACGUUCACUCGGCGAACUAGUACAAGAAAACCCGACGCAACCACCACCAUACUCCAAGAACAUACAAAUAUUCAACCACAAUGUUCCAUCAGAGCUUCAUUGGAGAAGUCGACCACUUUUAGUGAGAGAAGGUCAGUCUGCUCAUGCUCCAACCAUCGUGUUGAGGAGGUUCUGAUAGACUCAACUACGGGAAAAUUGUAGUGGCGAGCGUCCUUGACGAGAAAGGGCGCAACGUGGAGUAUAUGCUGGCACAGGCGUAUAGCCUUGAAGGCGACGACAUGGAGCCACCAAUUGUAUCGAAUGAAAACGGCGGCGAACAGGCUCAUGUCGAAUUAUGUCCAUCCCAGCAUCCCAUCAUCCCAAACGUGGCUAUCACCCCGUCUUGCAAAUCAAGCAUAUGCUCAAAGCAACCACAAGCUAACGUUUCACAGGAUACUGCCGAUCAAAUUGAACCAUCCGCGCAACCUCCCCACAAGAAUCAGAAAUACUGUUUCCGGCAGAUGUUGGCACUGAAAGCAGGAUAUGAUGCUACCACUAGGUGUACUGUAGCAUCUGGCCCAAGAACCUCCCUCGCCAUUUCUGAAGACGAGUUAUGCAAAGUCAGGUCAGGAUACACCGAGGGUACAAACCAGUUUUCCAAAAGACGCAAACCCAGGCCGACCAGUUGCCCAACGCGCAUGCAGAACGACAAAUAAUUGAGUUGCUCGCUCCAGCGUGAUAGAUGGCACUGCAGGGACCAUCCACCAGAUACGAUUGAUCCUCUUGUCGCACUCCUCAAACCUUGCCAAUGGAAGACCGGAUACAGUCGGCGCGUUCCUUGGACUCAACUUGAACUGGCAGAAACACCCACCACCAUCCACUAGACCAUGCCUCGGAGCUACUUAGGGUCCUUAAAGGUGCUUGAUUCUUUCUCUGAUGUGCGAAACCAUCGCAUCAGCAUCAACCCAAUGGUAGGCUUGACUUGAGGUUUCUUGCAGACUUAGGCUAACAACUUUGUAGCUCCUAUCCUCUUUGCAAAGCACAUCCACGUUACCAAACGCAGCAAAAGGCUCGCCGCCACAAUGAAUACGAAUGUCAUCUCUCUCAAGCUCCACAUCUGCCAUCUACAUGGACUUCUCCGAUAACGGGGCACAAGUUGAUACCUUUGCUUUCUCGGCUUUCAAGUUUGCAACACGAAAAGACUUCAUACAUCUACAAGUCAAUCCACGAUGGUAAGUCCACUGGGCCAACCCAAAGUGAGAAGCCCGCCGCAUUUUUUCUCGCUCUUAAGCCUAGAGGUUGAGAGGUGUACAUUUGCUAAUCAUAUCAAGCAGAAAAGUAUAAGAACAUGAACAUCUACAGCCACAAAAUCCAACUUCGACUCCCUGCGACAAGUGUAAAGAUUGGAUAG